AUGCCACCAGGAUCAACACAUACUUUGUUUUUGUACGCAAUUGAUGAAUUCAGGUCAGAAUCAACUGUGAUUCCUUACAAAUUUGAUAUCGAUGAUGGUCAUGCACCAAUUAUUGAGAUCUAUCAACAAACAAGAGAUAAUGAAACGUAUACAGAGUAUGAUUUAAUUCAAUGUCAUGGAAGAGUUAUUGAUGAAGAUAAAGGUCAGAGGAUUAUUAUCACAAGAAGAUUAAACGGAAAUGAAGUUGAAGUAUUUAAUAAGAUUUCAACUGGUGACUGGAUGGAAUUUUCAUAUGAGUAUAGAAUUCCAAAAUCAGAUGGCGUUCUUAUUAACGUUUUCCAGGCAUAUGAUGAGAAAAAGCAUUAUUCAAACCUUUUCUUAAAUAAAGUGUGGGCAACAAGUCAUACCGUUACUCGACAUAACCCACCAGCUCAACAACCAAUGACUUAUCCAAUUAUUGAGAUAACUGGUAGUGGUUCUGGCGGUGGAGGAGGUACAGAAAGACUUGGUAUAAUUGUCCAUAAUAUACCAACGACUAAUGAGCCAGCCAACAAAUAUUUCUCUAAGAUUUCUCCUCAAGGAAUUUCAAUGCCAAAGAUAAUUGAAGGCUAUUGGGUAGAAAGAGCUGUUAAAUUCAUAAUUGAUAUCAGAACUAUUCCAAGUGAUGUUCCAUAUGACAAAUAUAUUGCUGAUAAAAUCAAAGAAGCUACAGGAGGAACACCAUUUACUGGUGGAAAUAUAAAGUUUGAUGUUAAGGAUCCAGUUAAUAAUCAAACAGUUCAUUCGGUUGUCCAGCCAAUAAUUCAGAACAAGCCUCCUAAUAUGACAUUACUGGAAUCAUUGCCUAAAAAUAUUUAUGGACACUCAUUUAUCAACAUUGAUGCAAAUAUCACAGAUGAUACAAAAGCAAAGAUUGCAUAUCAGAUUGAUGAUACCGGAUUGAAGAAUUUAACUAAUUUCUAUGUUCUAAAUAAUCAAUGGCAGUCAAUUCAUCAUCAGAUCGAAAUUCCUGCAGGAUCAUUAUCAAUGGGAAGACACACAUUAGUUUUGAUUGCAAUUGAUGAACAAAAUCUGAACUCAGAGCCAAUAUUCACAGAUUUCUAUUUCUAUAAUCUCAAUACUCCAUAUAUCAAAGAAAUCCAUAUUACAUUUCCAACACCAGAUGGACCAGGCACAAAAUCUGAUCGUCCAGGUAAUUCAAGCACAAACCCAGGAACAGAUACUGGAUCUACAGGUGGCUCAUCAGGUUCGGGUACAGGUACAGGAAGUGGAUCAACAGGAGGUUCUUCUGGGUCUGGUUCUGGAUCUGGAACAGGAUCUACAGGUGGCUCAUCAGGUUCGGGUACAGGUACAGGAAGUGGAUCAACAGGAGGUUCUUCUGGGUCUGGUUCUGGAUCUGGAACAGGAUCAACAGGAGGUUCUUCUGGUUCUGGCUCUGGAUCAGGAAUGGGAACUGGUGGUACAACAGGAACAGGUGGAUCUAACGGAGAUGAAGGAACCUAUUCGGGUGGAGAUAAGCCAACAACUGGUAUCGGAAUCGGAAGUUCGUUCAGAGAAGAUGGAGAAAUUGAUAGUCCAUCCGAUGAUGGUAGCGGAACUGGAAGUGGAAGCGGAAGUGGUACUGGAAGUGGUACUGGAAGUGGUACUGGAAGUGGAAGCGGAAGUGGAAGUAGUAGUGGAAGUGGAAGUGAAAGCAGUAGUGGUAGUAACAACAACAAUGAUGACCCAAGAAAAGGAGUUGAUCCAAGCAUACCAACACUUCAGCCAAAUGAUACAAUUACAAUAAAUGGCGUUUUCGAUGACGAGGAUGCAGAAGAUAACACAACACUUGUCAUUAAAGAGAAUGAUGGUUCUUAUGAUCCUAUCCACGAAAGUCCUGCUUCACGACGACCAGAUUGUCUUACAUUUAGCAAUACAACAACAAUCACUAAUUUCAAAUGCGGAAUCAACACAAUUUUCAUGCAAAUCAGAGAUGAUCGCGGUGCAAUUUCUAAAGAUUAUGAAUUCAUGUAUUUCAUCUAUUGUCCUCCAGAUAAUUCCACAAAUACAACAGAAACAAAUCCAGGAGGUAACGAUAAUCCAGGAGGAAACGAUAAUCCAGGAGGAAAUGAGAAUCCAAGAGGAAACGAUAAUCCAGGAGGAAAUGAGAAUCCAGGAGGAAACGAUAAUCCAGGAGGAAAUGAAAACCCAGGAGGAAACGAGAAUCCAGGAGGAAACGAUAAUCCAGGAGGAAACGAUAAUCCAGGAGGAAAUGAGAAUCCAGGAGGAAAUGAAAACCCAGGAGGAAACGAGAAUCCAGGAGGAAACGAGAAUCCAGGAGGAAACGAGAAUCCAGGAGGAAAUGAAAACCCAACACCACAAAGAACACCGCCACCUCCAAGAUAUCCAAUGCCAUCAAGAUUACCAUCUGAUUACACAGGAAGAAGAACAAUAACAUUUUACUAUACAUACACAUACACAUUAACAGAGACAUUUACAGAAAGUUACAGAAUCUACUACACGUAUAGUGAGACAUUGAUUGAAUACGAAAUUGCUAUUGUUGAUGAAUCAGCAACCGAAAGUCAGCUUUCAUUCAUGCAGACUAAGUUUGGUAAGUACGCACUUUGGCCAAUUGUUGUUUUGUCGUUUGUAUUGAUUGUUUGUUUCGUCAUUUUCUUCAUCUACUAUGUUCGUAAGAGGAAACAAAAAGAAUCUAAAUCAGAAGAAGACAAUAUUGAUUUUGCUGACAACGAAGAGACAGUUCAGACAAUCAAUGACACUACAACUGCUAAUACAACAUGUGACAAUCCUCUCUUCACAGUUUCACAAGAACAAGAUGAUCCAUUCCAUGCUGACUUCCAAGAAGAUGAUCGCCUUUGCCAAAACGAAGAAGUUGAAGCAUCGAGCGAAAGCAUUGAAGAUUUAAAUGAAGGCCAGCUUUAA